AUGGCCGGGCAGCCUCCGCGCUCCGACCGGAAGAUGCCACCGCGCGCCGCGGGGCGCGCCCGACGCCGGAAGCGGCCGCUGCAGCCCCCGACCUGGGAGAUCUCGGAUUCGGACACCGAGGGCCCCGCAGGCGAGGAGGCCGCCGCCAGGGUCCGGGACCCGGCGGAGGAGCGCAGGGCGGCCGCCGAGGUGCUGCGGCGUCUGCGGCCCGAGCAAGCCGUGCGGCGCCUGGCGGUGCUCGUGGACCCAGCCAUUCUGGAAGAUGCCGGUGCCGACAUCCUGAUGGAGGCUCUGGACGCCCUGGGCUAUGAGUACCUCGUGGAGCCCGAGCGCUCUGCCUGGAGGCUCAGGUGGAGCAGAGUGAAGCCAGACCCUUGCCCCUUCAGUGUGCCUCCUGAGGUGUGGGCUGCGGAUGAGCAGGACCGGCUGCUGCUGCUGGAGCCUGAGGAGUUUCUGCAGGGCGUUGUCUAGCUGACCCAGACAUGUGGCCCAACCUGUUCUGUGCCCUGGAUCACUCCUGAGAGCCCUGCCUGCCUGCACCUGGCUGUCAUUGGGCUGGAUGUUUACCUGUGGUCUUACCAGUCCAGCACCCAGGAAAUAUGGCAGCCAGAGCGUCCAGCGGUGGCUAGUGCCAAGGUGGCAGUUGGCUGGCCCGAGGUGGAGGAGGCCCUGGUGCUCCUGCAGCUCUGGGCAAACGUGGAUGUGCUGUUGGUGGCCUCCUGGCAGGAGCUGAGUCAGCAUGUGUGUGCCUUCACCAAGGCCCUCACCCAGCGUCCCUUCAAGCAGUCCAGGGAGUCUGGGGCCUUUUCCUUCUGCACCACCGGGCGCUGGGCAGCAGCCGAGAAUGUGGCAAGAGAUGGCACCGGCCUGCGGGGGGCCUGGUGGCAGCAGAUCAGGCAGUUCAACUGCGUCAGCCCGGCUGUGGCCAAUGCUGUUGUCGCUGCCUUCCCCUCCCCCUGCCUUCUGCAACAGGUGUACGUGGCCUGUGGCAUGGAGCAGGAGCGCCUAGCCCUCCUGGCUGACCUCCCUGUGAAGAUGGGCGAGGAUGUGCAGCCCCACAGGGUGGGACCUGACCUCUCCCGCCACAUCUGCCUCUUCCUGACGACCACCAACCCCAACCUCCUGCUGGACCUGGGCUCCUGACCACGCCUGUGGUACCAGAUGGGCCCUUCUCCCACCUACUGGCAGGACUGAAUGCAGCCCGCCCAGGGAACAAACUAGAAACCACGAGCGGUGGUGUGCGGGAGCAAGACACCCAGUACGACCUGCACCGGGGCUCUCAGGCAGCCUCAGACGAGAGGAACAGCAGCUGACAACAUGCAAAGCAAGUUAUGAAAAACCCAAGGCCGGCGGCGACAGCAGGAAGAGCCGAC